AUGAUCGAAAAUGACCUUCGCUGUACAUCCGUUGUGAACAUUUUUACACCACAGGAAAAAAAAUUUACUUGGCUCGGUACUGAUGAACUUUUGGGAUUAUUUAAACGCCUAUGUACAAUACCCACUUUUAUAGAAGCAGCAGACUUUAGUAGUCCUGGUUUUUUAGAAUAUCGAUUAUUGCCUGAAAAUUCUUUUCCUAACAUUAUCCAAGAUGCUUUAACAUUGUAUCAAGCAUUACUAAAUGAGAGGAAACGAUUAAUUGGCAUUGGUGAUUCAGCUGGAGGUGGCUUAUGGUUAUUGACAGUUCAGACAUUAAUUCGUGAACAAAUUCCACCUCCCAGAGCCAUUGUUGUAUUUUCACCGUGGGCAGAUUUAACACAAAGUGGUCAAAGUUAUAGAAACAAUCAGCAUUCUGAUUUAAUGUUAACAAUUGCAACUGCUAAUUGGUUAAAACAACAAAUUAUUGACAAUGAUGGUAAUAAAUCAUUUCCAUUGUUUGGUUCCUUUAAAAAUUUUCCAUCACUCUAUAUAUGUGUUGGCGGUGCAGAAUUAUUAGAAAGUGAUUCUAGAUUAGUCUAUGCUAGAGCAAAAGAAGAAAACGUUGAUGUACAAUUAGAUGUUGGAGAACACCUGUCGCAUAUUUAUCCGAUAUUCUAUUCUUAUUAUCCCGAAUCUAAACAGGCACUCACACGAAUUUUAGAUUGGCUACAUAAGAAGUUAUUAAACGAUAAAACAAACACGUACAGCGCAAACUAUACGACCCUCCAUGAAUAG